AUGGAGGUUGAUUCAGAGUCAUAGCUGAGCUCCAGGUAGUUGGCAACACCUGAGUGCCCCUCUCUGUGAGCUCUACUGGCACCUGGCAGAGACCUGACAGGGAAGCACACACCUCAGAGCCACUUAGCUGAGGGAGGGAAGCACACACCUCAGAUCCACUUAGCUGAGGGAGGGAAGCACACACCUCAGAUCCACUUAGCUGAGGGAGGGAAGCAGUCCAAGGGCUCUGAACUAGGCACAGGAAGAGAGAGAGAGAGAGAGAGAGAGAGAGAGUGAGAGUGAGAGUGAGAGAUGAGAGAAGAAGAAGAGAUAGAGCUAAGAGCGAGACUGAGAUACAGCAGAGAUACAGAGAGAAGGUCGAGAGAUCUCGAUAUCUCGUUCAUCGUUCUUUCUCUGCUCUCUCUCUCUCUCUCUCUCGUCUCUUCUCUCCUCAUAUCUCUCUCCUCUCUCUCUCCCUCUCUCUUCUCUCUCUCACUCGUUCGCCUAGAUACCCUCCUCUCCACUUAUGCUGUGCAGGAACAUAGGAUAGGAGUAGUCCAGCCUAGAUGAAAGGGAAGCGUUCCAAGGCUUCUAAACUACAAGGCCUAAAUGCCAAAUAAGAAGUGGCAAGGAAGUCAGAGGGAAUAAUAACACUGGUCCGUCUGUCUCAGUGUUUGAGUUCCAAAUGGUACCCUAGUGUACGACUUUUGAUGAGGGCCCAUACCAUUUGCCUCUCACAUUUGACAGCUAGUAUAGUGCCCUGAAAGAUCUUGAAAUUUCCCAAAUUACAUUUUAUGUCCACUGUCCAGACAUGAGACACCCUUUACCUAUUACUGUAUGUCUAGACUGCAUAGACACCUUCAUGGAGGGAUACAGGAAUAGCAGGCUGAUAUUUGGGAGUUGUUAUUACACAGUAUUUGUGUCACUCUCCACUUUUAGAAGCUACAGUAUGAAGUGCACUCUCAGAAAAAGUUUCAUUUUUCAUACACGGUGCUAUUUUGGUGUCAUAAAGAGCUGUCCACACAUCAGACUUUUUACCCAUAUUCCCCUGUAGUGGACGUAUGGCUGAUAGAAGGAUCUAUUAUACUGGGAUAUGGCUGAGGGAUAUUCUAGCAGGACCUAAUAUACUGUAACAUGGCUGAGGGAUAUUCGAGCAGGACCUAAUAUUCUGAGACAUGGCUGAGGGAUAAUCUAGCAGGAUAUAUUAUACUGGGACAUGGCUGAGGGAUAUUCUAGCAGGAUCUAUUAUACUGGGACAUGGCUGAGGGAUCUUCUAGAAGGAUCUAAUAUACUGGGACAUGGCUGAGGGAUAUUCUAGCAGGAUCUAAUAUACUGGGACAUGGCUGAGGGAUAUUCUAGAAGGAUCUAAUAUACUGAGACAUGGCUGAGGGAUAUUCUAGCGGGAUCUAUUAUACUGGGACAUGGCUGAGGGAUCUUCUAGAAGGAUCUAAUAUACUGGGAAAUGGCUAAGGGAUAUUCUAGCAGGAUCUAAUAUACUGGGACAUGGCUGAGGGAUAUUCUAGAAGGAUCUAAUAUACUGAGACAUGCCUGAGGGAUAUUCUAGAAGGAUCUAAUGUACUGGGACAUGGUUGAGGGAUAUUCUAGAAGGAUCUAAUAUACUGGCACAUGGCUGAGGGAUAUUCUAGAAGGAUGUAAUAUACUGGGACAUGGCUGAGGGAUAUUCUAGAAGGAUCUAAUGUACCGGGACAUGGCUGAGAGAUAUUCUAGAAUGAUCUAAUGUACUGGGACAUGGCUGAGGGAUAUUCUAGAAGGAUAUAAUGUACUGGGACAUGGCUGAGGGAGAUGAACCAAACAUAGAUGUGCUUUGACUUGAUUGUGUGAACCCCAAUUUCCCUCUUUUUAGUCUUCUUCUUCUUUCUUCUUUUCUUCUUCUUUCUUGCUUUCUUCUUCUUCUUCUUCUUCUUUCUUCUUUUCUUCUUUCUUCUUCUUCUUCUUCUUCUUCUUCUUCUUCUUCUUCUUCUUCUUCUUCUUCUUCUUCUUCUUCUUCAUCAUCCUUCAUGUUCUCUCUUCCUGCUAUCUUUGUACCUCAUGAGGACACCCUAACACUCUUUUCUUUCUCCCGUUGUCCUCUCUCCUCUCCUCAGUUAUCCUAUGGUUCUAGUUCUCCAGCUCUCUCCAACCGUCAGCGCUUCCCAACGUUCUUCCGUACCCAUCCGUCUGCCACCCUCCACAACCCCACCAGGGUUCAGCUCUUUCAGAAGUGGAAAUGGACUAAGAUCGCCACCAUCCAGCAGACUACGGAAGUCUUCACCUCAGUGAGUGACAGGCAUCUUUUAAAAUAUAUAUAUUUUUAGUAUUUUAUUGUUUUGUAGAGGGGAGACAGAUACAGAGGAAGACCGAGAGGAAGGGUUGAGAUGGGAUUCAUACCAACCUUGCCAUGGGUAUAUGUGGCCUGUGGGGCUAAUCAUCCUACCAGACUCCGGCACACCAAGCCCCUUUCUCAGUAAGGUGUUUUAGACUUAUGGUCUGUUUGUUAACUUUUAUCAUUUAUACUAUUGGUUAAAGACAUGCAGAGUACAGACACCAGAAAAAAAGAUCUAGUGACAGAUGAAAUAGAUUCUAAUUUCUCAUUUCCUCUCCUACUUAUCACAAUCUUCAUCAAACCGCUUCUCACUUUCUCUGUACCUUCUGUCUAUCUGCUGUCUCCUCUUCCUGUCUUCCCCCACCUUGCUUCUUGGCAACAUCAUCAUCAUCUACCCUGUCCUCUUCCUCUUCUCCUCCUCCUUUCCCCCUCCUCUCCCCCUCAUCUCUCCUCCUCCUUUCCCUCCUCUCCUCUCCCUCCUCUCCUCCCUCUCCUCUUCUCCUCUCCCCUCCUCUCCUCUCCUCUCCUCUCCUCUCCUCUCCUCUCCUCUCCUCGCCUCUCCUCUCCUCUCCUCUCCUCCUCUUCCCUCCUCCUCUCCUCCCCCUCCUCUCCUCUCCUCUCCUCUCCCUCCUCUCCUCUCCUCCCCCCUCCCCUCCUCGUCCUCUCCCUCCCCCUCCUCCCUCUCCUCGCCUCUCCUCUCCUCUCCUCUCCUCCCCUCCUACCCUCCUCUCCCUCCCCUCCUCUCCCUCUCCUCUCCUCUCUCUCACUCUCCUCUCCCUCUCCUCUCCCUCCCUCCUCUCCCUCCUUCCCCCUGCCUCUCUCCUCGCUCUCUCCUCUCCUCUCUCUUUCUCCUUUCCCCCCUCCUCUCUCCCUCCUCUCUCCCUUUCCCGCCUCCUCCCUCCCUUUCCUCCCUCCUCUCCUCCCUCCCUCCCCACUCCUCUCCUCUCCUCUCCUCUCCUUCCUCCCUCUCCUCUCCUCCUCCCUCUCCUCCUCCUCUCCUCUCCUCUCCUCUCCUCGUCUCUCUCCUCCCCCCUUUCUCCUCUCCUCUCCUCUCCUCUCCUCUCCUCAUCCUCUCCUCCUCCUCUCCUCUCCUCUCCUCUCCUCGUCCUCUCCUUUCUCCGCCUUCUCAGUCCCUCUCCCCCCCCCUUCUCCUCCUCUCCUCUCCCCCUUCUCUCCCUCUCCUCUCCUCAUCCUCUCCACCCUCCUAUCCUCUCACCCUUCUCUACUCUCCUCUGCCCCUCCUCUCUUCCCCUCCUUCUCUAUCCCUCUCCCCCGCACUUUCAACUAUCUCUCUCUCUGUCUCUCCCCCCUUCCCAUAUCUCUGUCUCUUUCUCUCCCUUCCUGCCACCAUCUCUCUGUCUGUGUGUCUGUCUGUCUGUUCUGUCAAGACAUGUUGUAAAGAAAAUAAUAAACAAAGCUUGAAUUGCAUCUGAAUCAAGUGAGUGCCUGCCCUGUUUUCAUGUUUUAUCUCUCCAUCAGACGCUGGAUGAUCUAGAGACGAGGACCAAGGAGGCCGGGAUAGAGAUCAGCGUUCGCCAGAGCUUCCUCACCGACCCCGCCCCAGCUGUCAAGAACCUCAAGGUGCCUCCUUCACUUCCUGUCUCCCUCACCUCUCCCUCCAUCCAUCCAUCCUACCCUCCCUUUCUCUGUCUGUCUGUCUGUCUGUCUGUGUCUGUCUGUCUGUCUGUCUGUCUGUCUGUCUGUCUGUCUGUCUGUCUGUCUGUCUGUCUGUCUGUCUGUCUGUCUGUCUGUCUGUCUGUCUGUCUGUCUGUCUGUCUGUCUGUCUCUCUCUCUCUCUCUCUCUCUCUCCCUCUCCCUCUCUCCCUGGUUUAUCCCCAAUGCUGCCUUGGCAACUGCCAGGUGAUUGAACACAUGAGAUCAAUCACGUCUGAGCUUGGUAAACAAACCCCAGAGAGCCUCUCACACACGCUAGUGAUGCAUGGGUUGACUCAUAUCCUGCAGUCCCCACGGUUAUAUCUGCUGUGAUAUCUGCUGUGAUAUCUGCGGUGAUAUCUGCUGUGAUAUCUGCUGUGAUAUCUGCUGUGAUAUACUUAUUUCCCUCAUUAAAAUGCAAAUCAAUUUAUAAAAUUUUUGACAUGCGUUUUUCUGGAUUUUUGUUGUUGUAAGUCUGUCUCUCACUGUUCAAAUAAACCUACCAUUAAAAUCAUAGACCGAUCAUUUCUUUGUCAGUGGGCAAACGUACAAAAUCAGCAGGGGAUCAAAUACUUUUUUCCCUCACUGAAUCUGCGGUUAUAUCUGCGGGCGUGCGGGUUUAGGGUCAUAAAAUAUUGUGUGGAUGAAGGGCGGGUAGGUGGCGGCGGGUUGAACAAAGAGAUCUAUAGGCUACAUUGAGGUUUUUUAAUUUCAUUAUUUUAGGCUAUCUGGCGUUAGUGUGUGAGCCUGAGCUGUACGCGCGCCAAAUGGCCUACAUGCCAAUCGCCAAAUGCUUUUGGGAACGGCCCGAAAAAGUUAACGUCGAUCCACGGAGACGAAAAGGACAAUGUUGGAGUUUAAUUCAAUAAGGGAAAAGCUGUGAAAUGGAGAGUUGAAGACAAAGAGAAGGGAAGGACUGAAAAGUCAUGUUUGGGAAAGAGUUGUUGAAGUGGUAAAAGAGGAUGAUAGCAGCCGGCUAUGUUACUGUGAGGCCAAAUAGGCCUAUGGUACGUCAAGGGAACUGUAGCCUACUUUUCAGAUGGGUUAAAUGGAAACUGAAAUCUGGACACUGACUCUAGGUCUAUAGCCUCUCACUUAAUAUUAUCUCCUGCAGAAUGAAGCAUUUCUUGCAGUAAAAUGAUACACCACAUAUAGGCUAAAUUGGAGUGGAGAAAUAUGAUUUCUUUCUUUCAGCAUCUUGAGAGAAUGCUAAUGCGCAGUUAGAUACCAUCUGCAGAGGCGUUAUCUUUAUCAGCAUCAUAAAAGCUGAUAGUAUUUCAACAACAUAAAAUAUGCAUCCAAGCCGAACUGAAAUCUUAUCAGAAACAUGUUGGGUCGUUUUCACAGCUUUCUAUUUCCUUACAACCAGUCACACUGAUGUCAUUUGGCACAGAAAAUAUAUAUAUAUAUAUAUUUUUUUCUGUUAUUGCAUUUUUCUCCCCGGUCCCUAAACUUAUUUGCUCCGCAAAAUAAGCAGAUGACAGAGAACUUUACAGAUGUCAACUAGAUUGAAGCAUUCAUUCUAAUGAUUUAAGACGUUAUUCUGUUGAGCAAGAGAUUAUUUAGUCUUCUGGGGCAACAUAUAAUGACAGAAGAGAAGCUGCAUGUAUCUAAUUAGAGACAAGUUGACUAACAAACAGCCUACAAAUAGUCGUAAAUUAUAAGCAGAAACAUAUCUAAAUGACCUCCUGUCAAAAAGUAAUUCCACUGUCUCUGACUGUAGUCUACAGUGCAUUUUCUAUAUUACCAGUUUAGGGUCAGGUGAGGGCCUCAGAUUUUCACUUUAACACAAAUAGUUGGGCUGUUGAGGAUGGGUUAUAGCAUUGGGUUGACCACCCUCUACCCCCUCCACCUCUGUUCUCCCUCCCUCCCUCCCUCCCUCCCUCCCUCCCUCCCUCCCUCCCUCCCUCCCUCCCCCUCCCUCCCUCCCUCCCUCCCUCCCUCCCUCCCUCCCUCCCUCCCUCCCUCCCUCCCUCCCUCCCUCCACCUGAACGUUCCCCUCCCUCCCUCCCUCCCUCCCUCCUCCACCUCAACGUUCCCCUCCCUCCCUCCCUCCCUCCCUCCCUCCCUCCCUCCCUCCCUCCCUCCCUCCCUCCCUCCCUCCCUCCCUCCCUCCCUCCCUCCCUCCCUCCUCCACUUCAACGUUCCCCAUCCCCCCCCCCUCUCUCCCUCCUCCACCUCAACGUUCCCCAUCCCCCCCUCCCUCUCUCCCGCCUCCACCUCAACGUUCCCCAUCCCUUCCCCCUCAUCCUCCCCUCCCUUGUUCCUUCCCUCCUCCUCCGGUGUCAGCUUGGCUGUCUUCCUGACUGGCGCCUGUUCAGCGUAACCUUUCCUGUCGUGCCGGCCUAGGUGGGCAUCGCUGUAGGAACCAUGGUAACAACAUGAGCCAAGGUUCUUAAUCGGUCUAGGUUUUUGUGUGAUAUUAAUCGGUCUAGGUUUUUGUGUGAUAUUAAUCGGUCUAGGUUUUUGUGUGAUAUUAAUCGGUCUAGGUUUUUGUGUGAUAUUAAUCGGUCUAGGUUUUUGUGUGAUAUUAAUCGGUCUAGGUUUUUGUGUGAUAUUAAUCGGUCUAGGUUUUUGUGUGAUAUUAAUCGUUCUAGGUUUUUGUGUGAUAUUAAUGGGCCAUCGCUGUAGGAACCAUGGUAACAACAUGAAUUUAGCACACCAGAGGGGAAGAUGAGUUGUGCUGCGUGGUGCGUUGCGUUUGGGUAUUGGGAGGAGAUGUGUGUGUGUCUGUCUGUGGAGACAGUGUGUGUGUGUAGAGCCCGAACCAUACGUUUUUUUGAAGUCCGAUACCGAUUCAGAUUUUUUGGGGACAAAACUACCGAAAUAUCUGCUGAUUUGCUGUAGAUAUGAAAAAGUGUAAUAAACUGAAUUCUCAUAAAUUGCCAUCCAAAAGAGCAAUUGUCCAAUAACUAUGCUUCAAAUGUUGAUUUCAGACAUUGUGACAAUGACACAUCAUGAGAAUGAGAUUCCUUUUUUCAUCCUUUGGUCCUCUGUAGCUCAGCUGGUAGAGCACGGCGCUUGUAACGCCAGGGUAGUGGGUUCGAUUCCCGGGACCUCCCAUACGUAAAAAUGUAUGCACACAUGACUGUAAGUCGCUUUGGAUAAAAGCGUCUGCUAAAUGGCAUAUUAUUAUUAUUAUUAUUGAAUAUCGGUUAUCAGUGGAGUUAUCGGCCGAUACCGAUAUAGCGUUAAAAGGCUGAUAUAUCGGUCAGGCUCUAUGUGUGUGUGUGUGUGUGUGUGUGUGUGUGUAUGUGUGUAUGUGUGUAUGUGUGUAUGUGUGUGUGUGUGUGUGUGUGUGUGUGUGUGUGUGUGUGUGUGUGUGUAUGUGUGUGUAUGUGAAUGUGAAUGUGUAUGUGUGUGUUGUGUAUGUGUGUGUGAAUGUGUAUGUGUAUGUUUGUGUGUGUGUGUUGUGUAUUCCCGUCCCCUGUGUGACUCUGUGUAACUCUUCCCUCUCUGAAUCCCCAGCGGCAAGAUGCCAGAAUCAUUGUGGGGCUCUUCUACGAGACGGAAGCCAGAAAAGUUUUCUGUGAGGUACAGAAGCUAUGUUUGCCGUUCACAAAUUGGUUACACAACUCUGUGGUUUGAUACAGUAUCUUAAAAUGUCUGUUGAAUGACGAUAUCCUUUUUUGUGUCUCCUUGGAAAAGUUUGAUACCAGCUUGUAUUGCUCAACACUCGCGUCAUUCUAUCUAGAUUUUCAGUAUUUUUUCUCUGUCACUUUUUGUUAUUUCUUCUUCCUGAUAUAUUCUGACUGCUCUUCUCCUCCUUUACCUCUCUCUCCUCUCUCUCUCUCUCUCUCUCUCUCUCUCUCCUCUCUCUCUCUCUCUCCUCUCUCUCUCUCUCUCUCUCUCUCUCUCUCUUCUCUCUCUCUCUCUCUCUCUCUCUUUAUCCUACAGGUGUACAAGGAGAAGCUCUAUGGAAAGAAGUAUGUGUGGUUCCUGAUUGGUUGGUAUGCAGACAACUGGUUCAAGAUCAAAGACCCGUCAAUCAACUGCACCGUCGAACAGAUGACAGAGGCGGUGGAGGGCCACGUUACCACGGAGAUCGUCAUGCUCAACCCAGAGACCGUCCGAGGGGCCUCCAAUCUGGUGAAGAGUGCACUCAUGUAUAGAGAGAUAUAUUACUACAUGGGUGCAUCCCAACUGGUACCAUAUUCCAUAUAUAGUGCACUGCUUAUGGGCCCAUAGGGAAUAUAUAGGGAAUAAGGGGUCCUGGUCAAAAGUAGUGCACUAUAUAGGGAAUAGGGUUUGCCCAUUCAUUCUAAACAGCUGUUAAUGAUGAUUUCGCCCAAAUUACACUACAGUGUCUUGGAAAUACGAUGACAUUGAUAAAGUAGGCAAAUAAUUAGUGGGAAACAACUUGGUCAUCAUUAUGAUGUCGUCAGAUUUACUUAAGACAGAUGACAAUGUUGCCAUUAGCUAGCAAAGAUAGCUAAAAAUAGAUUAGUUAGCUAACGUUACUACAUCUGACGUCAAUCUGACGACAUCGCAAUGAUGACUAAAUGUUUUCCUGUUAAUUACUUACUUCCUUGUUUCCAAGUCAGGUAAAAGGACAACAUCUUAAUCAGCGCUAAUCGAGAACGUUCAGUCGGACCGCCUAGAACUUUCAGUGAUGUAUUGACGUAAAGCUCAUGAAUAGUGCGCUACUUUUGACCACUACCCUAAUGGGCCCUGAUCAAAAAGUAGUGCGCUAUGUAGUGUAUAGGGCGCCAUUUUGGAUGCGUCCUUUGACGUUGUCCCAGUUCCCUCCCUAGUGUAAUGACCCUCUUUAAUUCAUACUGCCGUGACUGGAGAGGAGAGGAGCUUCCGGAUGCUCUUCAACUGUAUUAUUAUCCGUCUGCUUUGAAGUUUUACCUUGUAGAAGAAAAGCUUUGUGCUCGAGAGAGAGAAGCGUUCGAGUGCUGCAAACCGGUUUCUCUCUCUUUUAAGUCUCGGCUCUGAAUUAUCGUCAUUGCCCUGUAGAGUAGCUGGAGAAAAUAUAACUCUUGUAGAAGUAAUAGACUUUUUGUUAUUGUUCAUUUUUCCUCGUUCACGCUACACUGGGGGCUGUGCUGUCUGGAGGUGCUGAAGAGGCAGAGAGGGAGAGAGACUAGAUGAUGCAUCCCAAAUGGCACUGUUUACCUACGGGCCCUGGUCAAAAAGUAAUAGAGAAUAGGGUGUCAGUUGGGACGCCGCAGCCUAGCGAGGCCAGAGAGUCGUCUCUUAUUGAUCAAAGCCCCAUUUGGUGACGAGGCUGCGGUUGUCAUGGCGACGGUUCUCCAGGGGGCUGCUGCGGCUUUGACGGAUCCAGCUGCUCGAUGCAGCCCGGAGCCGAGGGAAGGGGGGGAGUGCAAGGCAUGUCUAUAAAACAUGAUCUCCAAAAAAAACUAUAGUUGAAAAUUAAAUGUUUGUUCAAGGCAGUUAAACAUACUGAGGUGACGUUUGUGUAUUUGUGUGUGUGUGCCUGAGUACAUGUCUGUGUGUUACUAUGUUGUGGAUAAGUAGACACACACACAAGCCCUCAACACACACGAGCCCUCAACACACACAAGCCCCCAAGAGUUUCUUCUUAAUAAUAAUAAUAAUAAUAAUAAUAAUAAGAAUAACAGUUUCUUCUUAACAAUGUAUUCCAAACACAGCUCUGCUCUCCCUGUCUGUGGAAUAAAAAUGACUAUUGUUCAUCAGUCUUCUCCAGAGUAAUUACAUGGAGCUCCUGAUGCCAGGUCACAACCCCCCCCCACCCCCCCGCCCCCGCCUUCCCCCCCCCAAAGGGGGAACGUUUUCUGGGCUGCGCCCAAAGGUCCCUUUUAACCAACCCCUGGAAAAGGUAAAAAAGGGAAAUACCAUUUAAAACCUAUUAAAAAUGUUUGUCCCCUUCUCCCCCAACGGGGUGGGCAAAGGGGGGCAGGGGGGGUUUGGGGGGGGGGGAAAAAAAAAGUAGUUUUUUAAAAAAAAGGGGGGUUUUAAAGGGGGUUUUUUAAAAAAAAUUUUUCCCGGGGGGGAAAAAAAGAGGUAGUAAAAAGGGGCUCCCCAGGGGGGGCCCCGGGGAAAAAAACCCCCCGUUUUAAAAAAAAAUUUUCAGGGGGGGGGGGGGGGGGGGGAAAAAAAUUUAAAAAAAAAAAAAAAAAAAAGGGGGGGGAAAAAACCCCGGGGGGAAAAAAAUUUAGGGGGAAACCCGAGAAAUUUUUUUUUUUUCCCCCCCCCCCCCCCCCUUUUUUUUUUUCCCCCCCUUUUGCCCCCGGGGCAGGGGAAAAUUUUUCCCAGAGAUCAGGUAGAAAAGGGCCCAAAAAGGGAGAAAGAAACCCCCCCCUUUCCCUUUUCCCCCCCCCCCUUCCUUCCCCCCGGGCCCGCCCCCCCGGGUUGAAAAUUUCCCUCUCUUAGCUAGACAGGGGAUUCUGGGAAAAUAUUCUCUCUCUCUCCAUUCAGGAUAAGCUAUAAAAAACACAACUCAGCCCCUCUCUCACUUUUUUACAGGAGGGGAACAUGAAACAUAGGAAACUGAUUUUUCCCCCAUUUCAUAGGGAACAUGAAGCUAUGGAAACUGAUUCCCCAUUUUCCAUCAGGCAAAUAAGCUUGGAAAAAGUUUCCCCUUUCAUCGGCAACAUGAAAUAUGGAACUGAUUCCUCCUUUCAUCAGGCAAAAUCAACAAUGGAAACGAUUUCCAUUUAUCACCAGAAACAAUUUUGGAAACGAUUUUAUCAUCCAAUGAACAUAUGGAAAAAAGAUUUCAUCUCACUGAAGCAUUGGAAAUGAUUUCCGUUUUUCAAGGGAACAUGAAGCAUUGGAAAAAAUUUUCCCCAUUUCAUCAGGGAACUGAAGCAUAUGGAAAAUGAUUUCCUCCAUUUAUCAGGAACAUAACAAAAGGAAACAUUUCACAGUCAACAUGAAAAAUGGAAAAAAUGAUUUCCCCCCCCAUUCAUGGCAACAGACGCAAGGAAACUGAUUUCAUCAGUCAACAUGACACAUAUGGAAACUGAUUUCCUCCGUUUCAUCAGGCAACAUGAAGCAUAUGGAAACGGAUUUCAUCAGUCAACAUGAAGCAUAUGGAAACUGAUUUCAUCAGUCAACAUGAAGCAUAUGGAAACUGAUUUCCUCCAUUUCAUCAGGCAACAUGAAGCAUAUGGAAACUGAUUUCCUCCAUUUCAUCAGUCAACAUGAAGCAUAUGGAAACUGAUUUCCUCCGUGUGUGUCAGCUAAUGAACGCUGCUCUGCCACCAGGUGGCCCUCGACAUUGUUAUGUAGAGGGCGUUUAUUUGGAACGGCAUCUCCCCUCGCGCGGCGGAAAUACGUGGUAAACAGCUUUGUCAAAAGACUAUCCAAUCUUUCCAAAAAGUUUCCACAUCAAGCUAAAGGGGAAAGAAAAUGAUGACUGUAUUGAGCCAAUUUACGAGGGUGUAGGGAUCUUAUCGUAUAUUAGACGUGCCCAAUGCGAAAAUGUUUUGGCACGGGGUAGAAAGUGGAACUCAGCCCAGACAUAACAGCCUCCUGGGCCAACAGGGGGAGGGUGGAUGAGUGCAGGAGGGCUGGGGUGCUGCCUGUGCUUGUCCCCUGGUGACAUCCUAGCGAGAGCAGGAGAACAUCUGGCCUGUACCCUGACAGACCCUGCCCCACUGGGAAACAGGAUGUCAACCUGGUGCUCCCAGCUGUGCACACCGAGCCUCCCUCGCCACACACUUCCACCCCACCCCCCCUCUCCCACACACACACAGUUCUAAGCCCUCCUCUCUCUCUUCCUCCAGACGUCUCAGGAGUUUCUGAACCAGCUGAUGUCUAAGUUGGGGGGUAAGAACCCAGAGGAGACAGGGGGUUUCCAAGAGGCCCCUCUGGCUUACGAUGCAGUGUGGGCCCUGGCUCUGGCCCUCAACAAGACCGUUGGGCCCCUGAAGGCCAAGGGCCGCAGGCUGGAAGACUUCAACUACAACAACCGAGAUAUCACAGCCGAGAUCUACCGCGCCCUCAACACCAGCUCAUUUGAAGGAGUGUCAGUGAGUAUGGAAUAUAUAGCCUAACCGGGGGAAGAGGGAGGGGGGUGGAGAAGCUUGUGAUUGUACUGGGAGAGAGAUGAGAGAGAGACUGAGACAGAGAAAGAGAGAGAGAGAUAGAAAGAGAGAGCGAGAUAGAGAGAGACAGACCGAUGGACAGAGAAAUACUACCAGAACCCAUUGGAUUCUCCAAUUACAUUGAAUGAACUACAGGACAAAAUACAAACCCUUCAACCCAAAAAGGCCUGUGGUGUUGAUGGUAUCCUAAAUGAACUAAAUUAAAUGAUAAAAUAUACAGACCACAAAUUCCAAUUGGCUCUUUAACAUCAUCCUUAGCUCUGGCAUCUUCCCCAAUAUUUGGAACCAUGGACUGAUCACCCCAACCCACAAAAGUGGAGACAAAUUUAAACAAUGUACUGAGCAAAUUACCGUACGAUAGACCACGUAUUCACUCUGCACACCCUAAUUCACAAACAAACAAAACAAAAGCAAAGCCUUCUCAUGCUUUGUUCAUUUCAAAAAAGCUUUUGACUCAAUUUGGCAUGAGGGUCUGCUAUACAAAUUGAUGGAAAGCGGUGUUGGGGGAAAAACAUAUGACAUUAUAAAAGCCAUGUACAUAAACAAGAAGUGUGCAGUUAAAAUUGGCAAAAAACACACACAUGUGGGGUAAGACAGGGAUGCAGCUUGAGCCCCACCCUCUUCAACAUAUAUAUCAACGAAUUGGCGAGGGCACUAGAACAGUCUGCAGCACCCGGCCUCACCCUACUAGAAUCUGAAGUCAAAUUUCUACUGUUUGCUGAUGAUCUGGUGCUUCUGUCCCCAACCAAGGAGGGCCUACAGCAGCACCUAGAUCUUCUGCACAGAUUCUGUCAGACCUGGGCCCUGAGGAUAAAUCUCAGUAAGACAAAAAUAAUGGUGUUCCAAAAAAGGUCCAGUUGCCAGGACCACAAAUACAAAUUCCAUCUAGACACCGUUGCCCUAGAACACACAACAAACUGUACAUACCUCGGCCUAAACAUCAGCGCCACAGGUAACCUCCACAAAGCUGUGAACGAUCUGAGAGACAAGGCAAGAAGGGCCUUCCAGACAUCAAAAUAAAUAUACAAUUUGACAUCCCAAUUAGGAUCUGGCAAAAAAAUUAUAAUAAUACAAGCACCAAAUUGAGACUGCAUGCAUCCUCAGUGUGCAACGUAAAGCACCAAAUAAUGCACUACCCGAUAAAUAUCAAAAUCCAGAAAAGAGCCGUUAACCCCCUAGACUCGAUUGAUGCACCGGGGCCCAUCAAAAUCCAUCAGUUUAAGUUAGAGAUGUCUGUUUUUUUUGCAUUGGAUGUGUCUCAAUCUACCUCAUCAAUGUCGCACUUCCUCAUCUGCGGUGAAAGGUGGCAGAGCUAGAGCGGUGUUUGUCAGACCACCCGAAAAAAUCGGUCUUCUCACAAAAAACAUCUGUAGUGUACGAAUGGUUUGACCUACGAACUAUUAUGACCACUCUAUAGAAAGGGGAGACUCCCACAAACACGAUUGUGUUCUCCAUUUUACAUGUCCCACAAGUGUCACUGGACUCGUCUGAAGGUAACCGGUACCGGAUUUUAAAAAAGUAAUGGAAGUAUGAAGGUAGUUUUGUGCCUACCCCAAAAAAGGGGUUAUAUAUAUGUGUAAAGAAAGGUUUUUGGGAUAUCUCCUAGAUUAAAGACACACACUUCAAAACCUUGUUUCUUAUGAUACAUUUUUUGACUGUCAGCUUUACCAUUUAUGAAUGUGUUAUUCAAUGUGUUCCUAUGCAAACAGAAAUUUGCAUCCUGUAGCACUAACUCCAAAACGUUUUGGGACACUGUAAAGUCCAUGGAGAAUAAGAGCACCUCCUCCCAGCUGCCCACUGCACUGAGGCUAAGAAACACUAUCACCACCGAUAAAUCUACAAUAAUCGAGAAUUUCAACAAGCAUUUUGCUACGGCUGGCCAUGCUUUCCACCUGGCUACCACUACCCCGGCCACCAGCUCUGCACCCUCCGCUGCAACUUGCCCAUGCCCCCCCCCCGCUUCUCCCUCACACAAAUUCAGACAGCUGAUGUUCUGAAAAAGCUGCAAAAUCUGAACCCCUACAAAUCAUCUGGGCUAGACAAUCUGGACCCUUUCUUUCUAAAAAUAGCCGCCGAAAUUGUCGCAACCCGUAUUACUAGCCUGUUCAACCUCUCUUUCGUAUAGUCUGAGAUCCCCAGAGAUUGGAAAGCUGCCGCGGUCAUCCCCCUCUUCAAAGGGGGUGACACUCUAGAUCCAAACUGUUACAGACCUACAUACAUCCUGCCCUGCCUUUUGAAAGUUUUUGAAAGCCAAGUUAACAAACAGAUCACCGACCAUUUCGAAUCCCACCGUACCUUCUCCGCUAUGAAAUCCGGUUUCCGAGCUGGUCAUGGGUGCACCUCAGCCACGCUCAAGGUCCUAAACGAUAUUAUAACCGCGAUCAAUAAUAGACAGUACUGUGCAGCCGUCUUCAUCGACCUGGCCAAGGCUUUCGACUCUGUCAACCACCGCAUUCUUAUUGGCAGACUAAAUAGCCUUGGUUUCUCAAAUGACUGCCUCGCUUGGUUCACCAACUACUUCUCAGAUAGAGUUCAAUGUGUCAAAUCGGAGGGCCUGUUGUCUGGACCUAUGGCAGUCUCUAUAGGGGUGCCACAGGGUUCAAUUCUUGGGCCGACUCUUUUCUCUGUGUAUAUCAAUGAUGUCGCUCUUGCUGCUGGUGACUCUCAGAUCCACCUCUACGCAGACGACACCAUUCUGUAUACAUCUGGCCCUUCAUUGGACACUGUGUUAACAAACCUCCAAACGAGCUUCAAUGCCAUACAACACUCCUUCCAUAGCCUCCAACUGCUCUUAAACACUAGUAAAACUAAAUGCAUGCUCUUUAAUCGAACGCUGCUGGCACCCGCCCACCCGACUAGAAUCACUACUCUCGACGGGUCUGACCUAGAGUAUGUGGACAACUACAAAUACGUAGGUGUCUGGUUAGACUGUAAACUCUCCUUCCGGACUCACAUUAAGCAUCUCCAAUCCAAAGUUAAAUCUAGAAUCGGCUUCCUAUUUUGCAUCAAAGCCUCCUUCACUCAUGCUGCCAAACAUGCCCUCGUAAAACGGACUACCCUACCGAUCCUUGACUUCGGCGAUGUCAUUUACUAAAUGGCCUCCAACACUCAACUCAGCAAAUUGGAUGUAGUCUAUCACAGUGCCAUCCGUUUUGUCACCAAAGCCCAAUAUACUACCCACCAUUGUGACCUGUACGCUCUUGUUGGCUGGUCCUCACUACAUAUUCGUCGCCAAACCCACUGGCUCCAGGCCAUCUAUAUAUCACUGUUAGGCAAAUCCCCGCCUUAUCUUAGCUAAUUGGUCACCAUAGCAGCACCCACCCGUAGUAUGCGCUCCAGCAGGUAUAUCUCACUGGUCAUCCCCAAAGCCAACACCUCCUUUGGCUGCCAUUCCUUCCAGUUCUCUGCUGCCAAUGACUGGAACGAACUGCAAAAAUCUCUGAAGCUGGAGACUCUUAUCUCCCUCACUAACUUUAAGCAUCAGUUGUCAGAGCACCUUACCGAUCACUGCACCUGUACACAGCCCAUCUGAAAUUAGCCCACCCAACUACCUCAUCCCCAUAUUGUUAUUUAUUUUGCUAAAUUGUACCCCAGUAUCUCUAUUUGCACAUCAUCUCUUGCACAUCUAUCAUUCCAGUGUUAAUACUAAUUGUAAUUAUUUUGCACUAUGGCCUAUUUAUUGCCUUACCUCCAUAACUUGCUACAUUUGCACACACUGUAUAUAUAUUUUCUGUUGUAUUUUUGACUUUAUGUUUUGUUUUACCCCAUAUGUAACUCUGUGUUGUUGUUUUUAUCGCACUGCUUUGCUUUAUCUUGGCCAGGUCGCAGUUGUAAAUGAGAACUUCCUGGUUAAAUAAAGGUGAAAUAAAAUAAAAAAUAAAUACAAAUAUGGGCUUCAGUAGUAAAAAGCCAAAAUCAAUAUUUUAUCCAAUAUUUUUUAAAAUACUUUUUGGAUACCUAAAGGGGUCCUAAAGGUCAAAAUCAAAUAGCUUAAUGAUCCAGAGUAUGACCAUCUUAAAACAAUUACAUAUGGCAUCUUAGCGUUCACAAACAGACCCCAUAGAGCCCCAGGACAGCAACACAAUUAGACCCAACAAUUAGACCCAAACAAAUCAUGAGAAACAGAAAGAUAAUUACUUACAUUUUACAUUAUUACUUGACACAUUGGAAAGAAUUGACCAAAUAACAGAGCAAACUGGAAUGCUAUUUGGCCCUAAACAGAGAGUACACAGUGGCAGAAUACCUGACCACUGUGACUGACCCAAAAUUAGGAAAAGCUUUGUACAGACUCAGUGAGCAUGACUUUGCUAUUGAGAAAGGCCGCCGUAGGCAGAACUGGCUCUCAAGAGAAGACAGGCUAUGUGCACACUGCCCACAAAAUGAGGUGGAAACUGAGCUGCACUUCCUAACCUCCUGCCAAAUGUAUGACCAUAUUAGAGACACAUAUUUCCCUCAGAUUACACAGACCCACAAAGAAUUUUAAAACAAAUCCAAUUUUGAUAAACUCCCAUAUAUAUUGGGUGAAAUACCACAGUGUGCCAUCACAGCAGCAAUAUUUGUGACCUGUUGCCACAAGAAAAGGGCAACCAGUGAAGAACAAACACCAUUGUAAAUACAAUCCAUAUUGAUGUUUAUUUAUUUUCCCAUUUGUACUUUAACUAUUUGCACAUUGUUACAACACUGUAUAUAUACAUAAUAUGACACUUGAAAUGUCUUUAUUCCUUUGAAACUACUGUUAAUUUCUGAUUGUUUAUUUCACUUUUGUUUAUUAUCUAUUUUACUUGCUUUGGCAAUGUUUCCCAUGCCAAUAAAGCCCUUUGAGAUUGAGUUGAAGAGAGAGAGAGAGAGAGAGAGAGAGAGAGAGAGAGAGAGAGAGAGACAGACAGUGACAGAGAGAGAGGGAGAGAGAGAGAGACAGAGACAGAGACAGAACAGAGAGAGAGAGAGAGAUAGAGAGAGAGAGUCUCUCUCUCUUCUCUCCCUCUCUCUCUCUCUCUCUCUCUCUCUUCUCUCCUCUCCUACUCUCUCUUCUCUCUCUCUCUCGCUCUCUCUCUCUCUCUCUACUAGAUAGAAUAUUCUCAUUACUAUUUUUGUUUUGUUUGCCUUUUUGUUGCUGUUAAUGGUAAUAAACCCAUUUCAUUAAACAUUCAAUUUGUAACUUAUUAAAUUAAUUAAUAAUAUUAACUUUAAUUUAAUUUAAAUGAGGACUAUCUCAUUCAUAUUGUUGUUGUAGUUUGCUGUGGCUGUUGCCGUUACUGUAAUCCCAUUACCAUUAACAUUAAUUUGUAAUUAUUAAUUAAUUAAUUAAUUAUUAUUUAUUAUUAUUAAUUAAUUUAAUUUAAAUGAGACUAUUCUCAUUCAUAUUGUUGUUGUAGUUGCUGUUGCUGUUGCUGUUAAUGGUAAUCCCAUUUCCAUUAACAUUAAUUUGUAAUUAUUAAUUAAUUAUUAUAAUUAAUUAAUUAUUAUUAAUUAAUUUAAUUUUAAUGAGACUAUUCUCAUUCAUAUUGUUGUUGUAGUUGCUGUUAAUGGUAAUCCCAUUUCCACUACUACUAUUAUUAUUAUUGCUGUUGGUCCCACCAUUUUUGUUGUAUCUAUACUUUGACAAUGUAAGUAAUUUUACUUGCCAUGUCAAUAAAGUCUAUUGAAUUGAAUUGAGAGAGAGAGAGAGAGAGAGAGAGAGAGAGAGAGGAAGGUGUUAAAACAAUAAAGAUAUAGAUUAUCUUCCUUCUUUCUUCCUACAGGGCCAUGUUGUGUUUGACGCCCAGGGUUCUAGAAUGGCCUGGACUCUUAUUGAGCAGCUGCAAGGUACAGUACUCUCUCUAUUCCUCCUGUGUACAAUAAACCACAAUCAGGCAUUGGAAAUGAAGAACAUGUGCCCAACUAGAAUGGUGACAUAAUGUCAUUGGAAACAUUGCAUGGCACCUGGGCUUUUAAACUUUCUGGUCUACUAGCGUGGCUGACCAGUGCCCAAAAUCCUUAAAUUCCAUCCCUGAGUCCAUAAUCAUGGGUAUCAACCAAAUACACUGAGUGUACAACAUACUAAGAACACCUGCUCUUUCCAUGACAUAGACUGACCAGGUGAAUCCAGGUGAAAUCUAUGAUCCCUUAUUGAUGUCACCUGUUAAAUCCACUUCAAUCAGUGUAGAUGAAGGGGAGGAGACAGGUUAAAGAAGGAUUUUUAAGCCUUGAGACAAUUGAGACGUGGAUUGUGUAUGUGUGACAUUCAGAUUCAAGACUUAAGUGCUGGGUUAUGGUCGUAGGUGCCAGGCGCACCGGUUUGUGUCAAGAACUGCAACGCUGCUGGGUUUUUCACACUCAACACUUUCCCGUAUGUAUCAAGAAUGGUCCACCACCCAAAGGACAUCCAGCCAACUUGACACAAUUGGAGUCAACAUGGGCCAGAAUCCCUGUGGAACGCUUUCCACACCUUGUAGAGUCCGUGCCCCAACGAAUUGAGGCUGUUCUGAGGGCAAAAGGGGGUGCAACUCAAUAUUAGGAAGGAGUUCCUAAUGCUUUGUCCACUCACUGUAUAUGAUCUAUAUGCAGUAUACACAAUGUAAAGUACGAUAAUCAUUAUCAAGAGUAUCCUCUUACAGUACGUUCUGUCAUUGGUUUCUGUGACUAUAUCAGUUGUCAAGUGUAGGGUUAGGUUUCUGUCCAGACACAUACAGUGGGGAGAACAGUAUUUGAUACACUGCCGAUUUUGCAGGUUUUCCUACUUACAAAGCAUGUAGAGGUCUGUCAUUUUUUAUCAUAGGUACACUUCAACUGUAAGAGACGGAAUCUAAAACAAAAAUCCAGAAAAUCACAUUGUAUGAUUUUUCAGUAAUAAAUUUGCAUUUUAUUGCAUGACAUAAGUAUUUGAUCACCUACCAACCAGUAAGAAUUCCGACUCUCACAGACCUGUUAGUUUUUCUUUAAGAAGCCCUCCUGUUCUCCACUCAUUACCUGUAUUAACUGCACCUGUUUGAACUCGUUACUUGUAUAAAAUACACCUGUCCACACACUCAAUCAAACAGACUCCAACCUCUCCACAAUGGCCAAGACCAGAGAGCUGGCUGUGUAAGGACAUCAGGGAUAAAAUUGUAGACCUGCACAAGGCUGGGAUGGGCUACAGGACAAUAGGCAAGCAGCUUGGUGAGAAGGCAACAACUGUUGGCGCAAUUAUUAGAAAAUGGAAGAAGUUCAAGAUGACGGUCAAUCACCCUCGGUCUGGGGCUCCAUGCAAGAUCUCACCUCGUGGGGCAUCAAUGAUCAUGAGGAAGGUGAGGGAUCAGCCCAGAACUACACGGCAGGACCUGAUCAAUGACCUGAAGAGAGCUGGGACCACAGUCUCAAAGAAAACCAUUAGUAACACACUAAUAAUAAUAAUAAUAUGCCAUUUAGCAGACGCUUUUAUCCAAAGUCGUGCGUGCAUACAUUUUUGUGUAUGGGUGGUCCCGGGGAUCGAACCCACUACCUUGGCGUUACAAGCGCCGUGCUCUACCAGCUGAGCUACAGAGGACCACCACUACGCCGUCAUGGAUUAAAAUCCUGCAGUGCACGCAAGGUCCCCCUGCUCAAGCCAGCUCAUGUCCAGGCCCGUCUGAAGUUUGCCAAUGACCAUCUGGAUGAUCCAGAGGAGGAAUGGGAGAAGGUCAUGUGGUCUGAUGAGACAAAAAUAUAGCUUUUUGGUCUAAACUCCACUCGCCGUGUUUGGAGGAAGAAGAAGGAUGAGUACAACCCCAGGAACACCAUCCCAACCAUGAAGCAUGGAGGUGGAAACAUCAUUCUUUGGAGAUGCUUUUCUGCAAAGGGGACAGGACGACUGCACCGUAUUGAGGGGAGGAUGGAUGGGGCCAUGUAUUGCGAGAUCUUGGCCAACAACCUCCUUCCCUCAGUAAGAGCAUUGAAGAUGGGUCGUGGCUGGGUCUUCCAGCAUGACAAUGACCCGAAACACACAGCCAGGGCAACUAAGGAGUGGCUCCGUAAGAAGCAUCUCAAGGUCCUGGAGUGGCCUAGCCAGUCUCCAGACCUGAACCCAAUAGAACAUCUUUGGAGGGAGCUGAAAGUCCGUAUUGCCUAGCGACAGCCCCGAAACCUGAAGGAUCUGGAGAAGGUCUGUAUGGAGGAGUGGGCCAAAAUCCCUGCUGCAGUGUGUGCAAACCUGGUCAAGACCUACAGGAAACUUAUGAUCUCUGUAAUUGAAAACAAAGGUUUCUUUACCAAAUAUUAAGUUCUGCUUUUCUGCUGUAUCAAAUACUUAUGUCAUGCAAUAAAAUGCAAAUUAAUUACUUAAAAAUCAUACAAUGUGAUUUUCUGGAUUUUUGUUUUAGAUUCCGUCUCUCACAGUUGAAGUAUACCUAUGAUAAAAAUUGAUAGAAAUUGAUAGAUAAAAAUUACAGACCUCUACAUGCUUUGUAAGUAGGAAAACCUGCAAAAUCGGCAGUGUCUCAAAUACUUGUUCUCCCCACUGUAUGUUCUGUGAGCCUCGUACAAAUAGGGUCAUAAUAUUGUAAAACAAUUAUACACUAAAGUGUUGGUCCCAUGUUACAUGAGCUGAAAUUAAAGAUUCCAGAAAUGUUCCCAUAAUGCACAAAAAAAGCUUAUUUCUCAAAAUUUGUUUACAUCCCUAGUAGUGAGCAUUUCUCCUUUGCCCAGAUAAUCCAUCCACCUGACAGGUGUGGCAUAUCAAGAAGCUGUUUAAACAGCAUGAUCAUUACACAGGUGCACCUUGUGCUGGGGACAAUAAAAGGCCACUCUAAAAUGUGCAGUUUUGUCACACAACACAAUGCCACAGAUGUCUCAAGUUUUGAGGGAGCAUGCAAUUGGCAUGCUGACUGCAGGAAUGUUCACCAGAGCUGUGGCCAGAUAAUUGAAUGUUAAUUUCUCUACCAUAAGCCGCCUCGAACAUCGUUUUAGAGAAUUUGUCAGUACGUCUAACCGGCCUCACAACCACAGACCACGUGUAUGGGGUCGUGUGGGCGAGCGGUUUGCUGAUGUCAACAUUGUGAACAGAGUGCCCCAUUGUGGCGGUGGGGUUAUGGUAUGGGCAGGCAUAAGCUACGGACAAUGAACACAAUUGCAUUUUAUUGAUGGCAAUUUGAAUGCACAGAGAUACCAUGAUGAGAUCCUGAGGCCCAUUGUCGUGCCAUUCAUCCGCCGCCAUCAAUUCAUGUUUCAGCAUGAGAAUGCACGGCCCCAUCUCGCAAGGAUCUGUACACAAUUCCUGGAAGCUGAAAAUGUCCCAGUUCUUCCAUGGCCUGCAUACUCACCAGACAUGUCACUCAUUGAGCAUGUUUGGGAUGCUCUGGAUCAACGUGUACGACGGCAUGUUCCAGUUCCCGCCAAUAACCAGGAACUUCACACAGCCAUUGAAGAGGAGUGCGACAACAUUCCACAGGCCACAAUAAACAGCCUGAUCAACUCUACGCGAAGGAGGCAAAUGGUGGUCACACCAGAUACUGACUGGUUUUCUGAUCCACGCCCCUACUUUUUUUUUAAAGGUAUCUGUGACCAAAGGCAAUCUUAUUUAUCGUGAAAUCCAAGAAGGGCCAAGAUUUUCAUUGACGAUUCCUUAGAUGAACGGUACAAAUUUUUGAAAUGGCAUUUGAUAUUUUACAGUUCACAGGAAAAAAAGAAAUGACAUGGUGCAUAACAGUAAAGGCCUAACUCGCCUUCCAAAGCCCCAUCGAAAUAAAUUAGUGAAACCCCGCUUGAAUGGAGUUUCCAAGCAAGACGUUUGGGCCCUAGAUCCUGAAAGAAUAAAUGAAGGGAGGAAAGAAAAAAAGGACAAAGGGAAGCAGGGGGCAACGAAAGGGAAAAUAAGGAGGAAGAAAGGUGAUGACGGGGGGGGGGGUUUUUUAUGAUGGGGACAACAUUUAAUAAAAAAAACUAAUUUUUGGGGAAAGGGUUUGGGGGGUCCGAAGCGGAAAGGAGUUUGAGAGCCAGGCGGGAAGGAGGGGGGGGACAUAGAGGAGAGUGAAAAGGAGAGAGAGGAGAGAGAGAGAGAGAAGAGAGAGAGAAGAGAUAGAAGCAGAGAGAGAGAGAAGAAGAGAGAGAGAGAGAUAGAAGAGAGAGAGAGAUAGAGAGAGAGAGAGAGAGAGACCAAUCCAUAUGGUGGCCUGGUCUGGUUGUUUUCUGGCUCCUAUUCAUUUUAAUAUUUCUCCCCUUUAUUAUAAUUAGUCAGUCUCAAAGCACUGCAUGUGCUUGUCUUAAAUCAAAUCAAUUAUUGUUGACUUCCAUGGAGCAGUACUGUAGCCAUGACGAUAAGAGCCGGAGCAGGAAGAGUACUAGUAGUAAAAUAACUAGAAAUAGUUUUGAAUGUAUUUUGCCUUUGAUGUUAAUAUGCCUACAUCAGGCUCUAGCUGCCUGUGAGCAAGGCAGGGCAGUGAGGUGGUGUUCGUUGGUUUGGCUGGGUUUUGAUCAUUGAUCAUGUUCGAUCUGUCUGCCGCUUUGUUUCUCCUCUGACGGCCUGCGUCAGUGUCUCUCAUGUUGUCUCUCAUGUUGUCUCUCAUGUUGGGAACGCUCUUUGUUUUUGUGGCGGCUGAUGAAAAAUUAAGCUUGUUUUCCCAAUCUCCUCUCUUCUCUGUUGCUUCCCCACUGUCCCAGAAAAGGAAGUGUUGUUUUGA